UGGGCGUGCCUUUGAGAACUCCGGGACUCGCGCCUGCGCAGCUGGGUGGUGAUGGGCGGGCGGCGGGUCCCAGUCCGCUGGAUGGCUCUGCGGGCCAAGUGCCAUGGUGGGUCAGCCUUAGCUCGGCCCAGCCUGGGUCCCGAGCUGGAAAAGGAGGCAGUGAUUGGCGGACAGGGAGACUGGUCCUAAUCUGGCUGAUUGAGAAACUGGCAGGAGUCAGAAUGAGCGCAGCAAAUACUUUGAUGUUGUCACAUUGGUGAGGGUGUCUUUGCUGGUUUCUGUGGAGCUGCCUGCCUUUCCUGCUCUGCAUCUCUCCAGGUCAUUCAUUCAACAAGUAUUUAUUGAAUACUUCUAUGAGCCAGGAGCCAUGCGGGGCCAGCGAAGUUUGCUGCUGGGCCCAGCUCGCCUCUGCCUGCGUCUCCUUUUGCUCUUGGGCUACCGGCGUCGAUGCCCACCUCUUCUCCGGGGCCUGGUACAGCGGUGGCGUUAUGGCAAGGUUUGCCUGCGCUCCCUGCUCUACAACUCCUUUGGGGGCAGUGACACUGCUGUUGAUGCUGCCUUUGAGCCUAUCUACUGGCUGGUGGACAAUGUGAUCCGCUGGUUCGGAGUGGUGUUUGUGGUGCUGGUGAUCGUGCUGACUGGGUCCAUCGUGGCCAUUGCUUAUCUGUGUGUCCUGCCCCUCAUCCUCCGAACCUACUCAGUACCACGGCUCUGCUGGCAUUUCUUCUACAGUCACUGGAAUCUGACCCUCAUCGUCUUCCAUUACUACCAGGCCAUCACCACUCCUCCUGGACACCCGCCCCAGGGUAGGAAUGACAUUGCUACUGUUUCCAUCUGUAAGAAGUGCAUUUACCCGAAGCCAGCCCGAACACACCACUGCAGCAUCUGUAAUAGCAGGAUGCUGGUCCUAGUAGGAAAGGAUUGUCACUGACAUCUCAAGAUCCUUGGCCACCGUAACAGAGCCUGUGUCCCUCCCUCACAGGUGUGUGCUGAAGAUGGAUCAUCACUGCCCCUGGCUAAACAACUGUGUGGGCCACUAUAACCAUCGCUACUUCUUCUCUUUCUGCUUUUUCAUGACUCUGGGCUGUGUCUACUGUAGCUACGGAAGUUGGGACCUUUUCCGGGAGGCUUAUGCUGCCAUCGAGACGUACCACCAGACUCCACCACCUACCUUCUCCUUUCGAGAAAGGAUAACUCACAAGAGUCUUGUCUACCUCUGGUUCCUGUGCAGUUCUGUGGCCCUGGCCCUAGGUGCCCUAACCAUGUGGCAUGCUGUUCUCAUCAGUCGGGGUGAGACUAGCAUCGAAAGGCAUAUCAACAAGAAGGAGAGACGCCGGUUACACGCCAAGGGCAGGGUAUUUAGGAAUCCUUACAACUAUGGCUGCUUGGACAACUGGAAGGUGUUCCUAGGUGUGGACACAGGAAGGCAUUGGCUGACCCGGGUGCUGUUACCUUCUAGUCACCUACCCCAUGGGAACGGGAUGAGCUGGGACCCUCCUCCCUGGGUGACUGCUCACUCAGCCUCUGUGAUGGCCGUGUAAGCCACAACAUUGAACAUUGUAUCUCAAGAGCUUCCAAGGGCAGCUUUUCCUGGAGUCAUGACCAUAAAGAGCCGUGAGGCUUGCCUUAGAGUACUACACAGGGACACUGGAGACCAGUCUCUGCCACCCUCAAAACAAGAUGCAGUGCGGAGAAACUCAAGGACUGCAGUCCCUUUACUCAGGCAAAUAAGUUUUAGCUCCAGAUGAGCUCUACGUCACAGCACUGGGGCUAGACAUCAUCUCUUUCUCUUUAGGAAAAGAUUCAUCAGGUAUGUUGAAAUUCUGGCUUCUCAAUGGGUCAAAGACACUAAGCCUAUUGCCAAGGUCACUGCCAUUUCUCACAUGCUACAGAAGGAGCGAAAAUAAAAGCAUUUGAUUUGUAAAGAUA